AUGUUGCCCCAGCUGCCACUGCUGCUCCUCUUGCUGGUGGUCCCACAGAGGGUUCACAGCUGCCAUGGGCCAGAGGUGGACCGGGAACUUGUCCUGGCCAAGGUGAGGGCCCUGUUUCUGGAUGCCUUGGGACCCCCUGCAGUGACUGGUGAAGGUGGGAAUCCUGGAGUCAGGCGUCUGCUCCGAAGACAUGCUGUGGGGGGCUUCAUGCGCAGGGGCUCUGAGCCCGUGGAGGAGGAUGUCUCCCAGGCCAUCCUUUUCCCAGCUACAGGGGCCAGCUGUGAGGACCAGCCAGCUGUGGGAGAGCUGGCCCAGGAGGCUGAGGAGGGCCUCUUCACAUAUAUGUUCCGGCCUUCCCAGCACACACGCAGCCGCCAGGUGACUUCGGCUCAGCUGUGGUUCCACACGGGACUGGACAGACAGGCCACAGCAUCCUCCAAUAGCUCUGGGCCCCUGCUAGGCCUGCUGGCCCUGUCAUCCAAGGGUCCUACGGCUGUGCCCACGUCAUUGGGCCAGGCACCUCCUUGCUGGGCUGUGCUGCACAUGGCUGCCUCUGCCCUCCCUCUGCUGACCCACCCUGUGCUGGUGCUCCUGCUGCGCUGUCCUCUCUGUUCCUGCUCAGCCCGGCCUGAGACCACGCCCUUCCUGGUGGCCCACACUCGAGCCAAGCCAGCUAGCAGAGGGGACAGAGCCCGGCGCUCGACUCCCCCGCUGCCCUGGCCUUGGUCUCCCGCUGCUCUGCGCUUGCUGCAGAGGCCUCCAGAGGAACCUGCUGCCCACGCUCACUGCCACAGAGCGGCCCUCAACAUCUCCUUCCAGGAGCUGGGCUGGGACCAGUGGAUCGUACACCCUCCCAGUUUCGUCUUCCACUACUGUCACGGUGGCUGUGGGCUACCCACCCAAUCAGACUUGCCUCUGCCAGUCUCUGGGGUCCCCCCUACCCCUGUCCAGCCCUUUUCUCUGGUUCCAGGAGCCCAGCCCUGCUGUGCUGCUCUCCCAGGGACCAUGAGGCCCCUACGUGUCCGUACCACCUCAGAUGGAGGCUACUCUUUCAAGUAUGAGACAGUGCCCAACCUUCUCACGCAGCACUGUGCUUGCAUCUAA